AUGGCAGAAGUACUAGGCUUGGUGUCGAGCGUUAUCGCCGUCGUCGAUAUGGCCGGCAAGGUCGGCAGCGCCUCUUUCAAACUCAUGAGGCUUUGGAAUGAAGUCAAAGAGGUUCCAGUCAUGCUUUAUGAAAAAGCCGAACGCAUUAGAGACCUUGAAGAGUUUCUCGACGAUAUCGAAAAUCAGAUGGCCAAAAACAUGCUGCCUGAAGCAGUUUGCAAUAUGGCUCGCUUGCAGAAGCACAUCGCCAAAGCCCGCGGUGCGCUGACUAACCUCCAAGAGAUGGUCGACCACUUGCGAGCCAAGGUCAAUGCUGACCAACGAGGCCUUAAACGGAGAUUUGCAUCGACUAAAGUAUUACUAAAGAAAGACGAAUGGAAGGAUCUAGACACAAAGCUAGAUUCGGCACUGUAUCUUUUCUCGAUAGCACAAACGCAGUAUCUGAUGGUGUCCAACGCAUGCAACUUUUAA